UUUUAUAUUGACAUGAUAGAGUUAAAAACUAAAAAUAUCAGUGAUUCACAUUUCAGAACUGUAUGUUUGCGAAAAUGCACCUCUUAGUGAUAAAUUUAAACGUUUUAAAGGAAAUAGAGAGAGAGAGCAUGUUAUUGCAGUUUGUGGUUUCUAAGCAUGUGACGUGUUAGGUUUUCUCUGCUGUGCCCAUCACUUGUGCACAGAUGGCAAGCAGUACAGAGAUGGCACUCGCUGAUGUUGCAAUGAACUCCACAAGCAAUUACGACGAUCUUGAUUUUCCAUUGAACUCCACAGAUGAAUAUGCUGACUACUACAGCCCAACCGAUCUGAUAUCGCUGCCUAUGUCCAACGUCUACAUUCCUGUGCUGUACUUCAUCAUGUUCUUCAUUGGCUUCUUAGGGAACCUGUUUGUCAUUGCGGUCAUCGGCAAACGGCGUCAGAAAAAUGGACGUCUUGUGGACACCUUCGUGCUGAACUUGGCAUUAGCCGACCUUGUGUUUGUUCUCACGUUGCCAUUGUGGGCGCUUUCGGCACGUUACGAUGAGUGGCCCUUCGGUGAGAUCCUGUGCAAGAUCAGCAGCUUCAUCAUUGCGGUCAACCGCUUUUCCAACAUUUUCUUCCUCACCUGCAUGAGCGUGGACCGGUACUUGGCUGUCGUGCGCCUCAUGGACUCUCAGUUUCUACGGAGCAGCAAGUGUGUGCAUAUCACCUGUAGCAUGGUGUGGAUCAUUUCUUUCUUCCUUGGAAUUCCAUCAUUGGUGUACCGUCGGUUGACAGACGAAAUGUCGUGUUCGGAGGAUUCAAAAUCCUCUUUUGUCCAAGGAAUGAAUCUCCUGACUAUAUUUCUAACCUUCCUGCUCCCCGUACUGAUUCUAGGCCUCUGUUAUGGUUCGAUUUUGGUUAACCUGCGGCGUCACUGUCAUAUUGCCACAAACUCACGUGCAGAAGCCAGACGACGACAUUCUCUCAAGAUCGUGUUCGCCAUAAUUGCGGCUUUUCUGAUCUCCUGGCUUCCUUUCAAUUUGUUCAAGACCAUCCAGGUCAUCUCGCUGAUGAGCACAGGAGAUCUUAGCAGGCACAUGAGCUCGAUCAUAGUUAGUGGACUCACGCUGUCCUGCUGCCUGGCAUUUCUCAACAGUUGUGUAAAUCCAGCCAUCUACUUUUUUCUGGAUCAGUAUUUCAGGCGCAGAGCCUUGGUCAUGUGUCUGGGAUGCCUGGGUCAAGGAGACGUACACCAGAACUACAUCUCCUCUUCUUUCUCAAACGGCACUUCUGACACUUACUCUGGUAAUACAUCGACCCGCGGGCGGCUUUUCUCACUUACUCAGAAGGAGUGAAAUCUGCUGUUUUCACAACGCGCUCUUUCUUUAUCAGUGAAACUAUCAAGUGAAUCUGACAUGUACUUAAAAUCUGUAGUUUUAAGCAUUUGCUAAAAUAUCAAUUAAUCAUACUGAGCAUUAUUAUACAUUUUUAUAUUUAAUUUUCUAAAUUUAAAAUGGUUUAUAUAUUGGUGAACAUAUUACUCAGUGUACAAGAUUCAUUAAAAUAAAUUCCUUUAAAUAAAUUGCAAACAAUGCAUUUAUGUACACAUUUUGACAGUUAGUGACAAUUGUACAUGCUCAGAAAUUGUUUUGUUAUACUAUUAGAUACAACUUUAAUAUAACUGGUUUCUUUUUUAUAUUUACUUGUGUACUAUGUUUUCUAAGUAAUACAAAUUUUGAGUAAUGUUCUAUACAUUUCUAUAUUUAAUUUAUGUCAUAAAAAUAAAUUAUGCAUUGGUAAACAUAUUACUUAAUGUACAAGAUCAAUUCAAGCAAAUCGAAAGCAAUGUAAGCAUAUAUGGACACAUUUUUCACAGUAAUCUAGAAAGCAUUAUUAAUUUACAGUAUGUGUUAAUUACAUAGCCAUUUAGUGGCUAUUGUGAACAUUGUGAUUUUUUUUUUGUUAUGCUUAUGCUAUUUCUAGAUACAAAGUUAAAAUAAAUGUUUUUAUAUAUUUACUUGUGUAUGUAUGGCAAUUAAUAAACUUUCUUACAAUAAUCAGUCUCAUUCGGUUU